UCGCCUUUGCGAUUUCUGGAGAGCACCCAGCGGGGCCACGGCGUUCCUGCCGGGUCGGUGGUCCAGGGCCGGAGACAGAGAAACGGCUUCCUGGUGCCCCCCCGCCCCUCCCCCUAGGCAGCCCGCACCUCCAGGGCCUGAAGAUGCUGAGAUCGACGUGGAAUUUUCUCAAACGUCACAAAAAGAAAUGUAUCUUCCUGGGCACGGUCCUCGGAGGAAUAUAUAUCCUGGGGAAAUAUGGACAGAAGAAAAUCAGAGAAAUACAAGAAAAGGAGGCUGCAGAAUAUAUUGCUCAAGCACGACGACAGUAUCAUUUUGAAAGUAACCAGAGGACUUGCAAUAUGACAGUGCUGUCCAUGCUUCCAACACUGAGAGAGGCCUUAAUGCAGCAACUCAAUUCUGAGAGCCUCACAGCUCUGCUAAAAAACAGGCCUUCAAACAAGUUAGAAAUAUGGGAAGAUCUGAAGAUAAUAAGUUUUACAAGAAGUAUUGUAGCUGUAUAUAGUACAUGUAUGCUGGUGGUUCUUUUGCGAGUCCAAUUAAACAUUAUUGGUGGAUAUAUUUACCUGGAUAAUGCAGCAGUUGGCAAAAAUGGCACUACAGUCCUUGCUCCCCCAGAUGUCCAACAGCAAUAUUUAUCAAGUAUUCAACACCUCCUUGGAGAUGGCCUGACAGAGCUGAUCACUGUCAUUAAACAAGCUGUGCAUAAGACUUUAGGAAGUGUUUCUCUUAAACAUUCUUUGUCCCUUUUGGACUUGGAGCAAAAUCUGAAAGAAAUCAGAAAUCUCGUUGAGGAGCAUAAUUCUUCCUCUUGGACUAAUAACAAUGGAUAUAAAUCUUUAUUAUGCCAUUAUAUGAUGCCAGAUGAAGAAACUCCAUUAGCGGUUCAGGCCUGUGGGCUUUCUCCUAGAGAUGUUACCACUAUUAAAUUACUCAAUGAAACUAGAGACAUGUUGGAAAGUCCAGAUUUUAGUACAGUUUUGAAUACCUGUUUAAACCGAGGUUUUAGUAGACUGCUAGACAAUAUGGCUGAGUUCUUUCGACCUACGGAACAGGACCUGCAGCAUGGGAACUCCAUGAAUAGGAUCUGUUGAUGAUGGAGCAAGUGAAAGACUUUGCAGCUAAUGUCUACGAAGCUUUUAGUACCUCUCAACAACUGGAGAAGUGACUUUUUCCUUUCAAAAAACCUACAGUGGAAUUAAUUUACUUUUAAAUGUACACUGAAUAAGUCAACUAUAUAAAUAUAGGGUAAUGAUUUGUUAUGAAAAUGCCUAAUAAAAAAUAUUCUGAAAGUCUUCAUUCGUAAUAAAAGAUUUAUUUGUCAUCUUUAUUUUUUAAAGUCAUCAACAGACUAACUAGUUUUUGUGGGCGUAUCUGAAUGUACACAGCACACAGAUCAGAAUUUGUUAUACCAUGGAUAUUAGUUCCAAAUGGACUGAAAACUAAAUGUAGAUACUUGUUUUGUAUAAUAUGAAACUCUUUGGGAAGUAGGUGUGAAGUUUGGAAAAUAUGCUAUUUAACGAAUCAAAGUUCACUGAACUGCAGCAUACAGUAGUAAAUCAGACUUUUCUGCAGUUAUUCCUCAAAGGAAUAAAUUAUGUGUCUUAAAUAUAUUUGAUGGAGGACUUUGCUUUUUAUAGAAAUCAGUGAAUUUAACAACCAUGACCAGCAUUCCUUUUUCUUCACUGUUGUUAACAAUCCUUAGAAAAAUCACAUAGUGAUUUAGAGGCUAAAUUGUGUUGAUGUCGUUUACUCACAUAUUAUUUUAACUACAUACUGUCAUUCAUUUGUAUAUAAAUAACUUUAAUAACUUACUUUGUAUUGAUUUUAAGCACAGUGGAUAUUGCAAUAAAAUAUUUUAAUAAAA